UUGCUUGCUCCAACGCUUUUAGAGACGAUUUUUUUUUGAGAUCUUCAAAACCUCUCGCUCUACUGAUAAUCCUUCAUUUUUGUGUUUCUGCUUUAGAUCAAGAGACAGGAACAAUGAGCUGUUUCGGUUGUUGCCGUGAAGAUGAUUUGCUUGGAGCAAAUGAUUAUGGAGGCCAGAAUAUGACCAAACAAUCUGGAGGAAAUGAUGGAAGGCGCAAUACCUCUGAAAUUGCACAAAAAACUGUGAAGGUGCAGCCUAUAGAAGUAGCCGCCAUUCUCGCUGAUGAACUUAUCGAAGCAACAAAUGGUUUUGGAUCAGAAUCUCUCAUCGGUGAAGGAUCAUAUGCAAGAGUAUAUCACGGGUUCUUAAAGAAUGAUCAGCCUGCAGCAAUCAAAAAGUUAGACUCUAACAAACAGCCUGACGAUGAAUUCCUUGCCCAGGUUUCUAUGGUUUCGAGGUUGAAGCAUGAUAACUUUGUCGAGCUGCUUGGUUACUCUGUUGAUGGGAACUCGCGGAUACUUGUCUUUGAGUUUGCCCAAAAUGGAUCUCUUCAUGAUAUUCUUCAUGGGAGAAAAGGUGUCAAGGGGGCAAAGCCUGGUCCACUCUUGUCGUGGCAUCAACGAGUGAAGGUUGCGGUUGGAGCAGCAAGAGGGCUUGAGUACUUGCAUGAAAAGGCGAAUCCACAUAUCAUCCACCGCGACAUAAAGUCCAGCAAUGUUCUAAUCUUUGAUGAUGAUGUAGCUAAAAUCGCUGACUUUGAUCUUUCAAAUCAAGCUCCUGAUAUGGCCGCACGCCUUCAUUCCACUCGUGUUCUUGGAACCUUUGGUUAUCAUGCCCCUGAAUAUGCAAUGACUGGGCAAUUGAGUGCCAAGAGUGAUGUGUACAGCUUCGGCGUUGUAUUGCUCGAGCUUCUAACAGGUCGAAAGCCCGUUGAUCAUACAUUGCCUCGAGGCCAGCAAAGUUUAGUCACAUGGGCUACACCAAAGCUAAGCGAAGACAAAGUUAAGCAGUGUGUUGAUUCAAGACUCGGAGGAGAUUACCCUCCAAAAGCUGUUGCUAAGUUAGCUGCUGUUGCUGCAUUGUGUGUACAAUACGAAGCUGAUUUCAGACCAAACAUGAGCAUUGUCGUCAAGGCUCUUCAACCAUUGUUGAAUGCUCGGACCGGACCUGCCGGAGGAGGAGCACCUUAGUGUUAAGAAGGAAAAUUGAUUUACCUUCCCAUACAACCCUAUCAACAUAGUGUUCAUAGAAUUACGACAUUAAUCCUAAUUAUUUUCUCCAGUAAACUGACAUGUGAUUGUGGGAAAAAAAACUAUAAGAAGAGGGAGUAAUUGAAACAAAAAAA